AUGGCGAUUUCAUCUAAACGAACACAUCUUUUACUCUUAUUACUAACAUUCCUAUGCCUUUCCUUCAUCGGUCGUGGCGACAUUGUUUCCGACCUCCACUCCCUUCGAUCACAGUCUCCAUCCGGCAUCAUCCACCUUAACGAAACACUCCUCAACCGUAUCUUCACAUUAUCCGAAAAUCCACGAUCCUUUUACUUGAUCAUUUUUUUCGACGCAAUUCAGCUUCAUAACCAACCCGAACCAAAUCUCAAAUCAAUCAAAUCAGAAUUCGCCUUGGUUUCAAAAUCAUUCAUCAUUAAUAACAAAAACUCCUCAUCAUCACUCUUCCGAAUAUUCUUUUGCGAUAUUGAAUUUAGUGAAUCCGAAAAGGAAUUUAUCAAAUUCGGCGUAGAAGUUUUACCUAAUAUCCGUAUUGUCCCUCCUGAUGUUAACGAUUCAAAAUCCGAUUCAAUCCCUAUGGACCUUGUAGAUCAUUCUAGUUUAGCUCAAUCUAUAUCGGAUUUUAUUUAUUCAAAAACCGGAUUAUUAGUUGGAAAAAUUCACUAUCCUCCAAUUUUUACAAAAAUUCAAUUAGGGUUUCUAGUUUUGGGGAUUUUGUUAUGGAUGCCAUUUAUGAUAAGGAAAUUAAUAUUAGGUGAAACUAUUUUUCAUAAUAAGAAAAUUUGGAUGUUUGGGACUUACUUUGUUUAUUUCUUUAGUGUUUCGGGUUCUAUGUUUAUUUUAAUUCGUAGAAUCCCUUUGUUUGUUAUCGAUAGAAAGGAUCCGAGUAAGGUGGUUUUUUUCUUUAAUGGGAAUGGGAUGCAAUUUGGUGCUGAAGGUAUGUGUGUCGGAUUUUUGUUCACGAUUGUUGGGUUUUUGUUGGCUUUUGUAACGCGAGUUGUGGUUAGAAUUAAGGACUCAAUGAUUCAAAGGGUUGCGAUGAUUAGUGUGAUGAUUGUGUCGUUUUGGGCGGUGAGGGAAGUUGUGAGAUUGAGUCAUUGGAAGACUGGUUAUAUAGUUCAUGCUUAUUUGCCUUCGAAUUGGUAUAAGUGA